CAGAGGUUGGGGCACGUCAAGGUGGUCCAGGGUGGGAAGUUGAAGAGAUUGCAUGCUUCACCAGGGCAAACAGUUCUAUUGUUUUGGGAAACGUUUUGUGCAACAGCACAUGCCACAAGGGACGCUUUGCAUCCCUUUGCUUGCUGUGAGUAGGAUCUAGAAUGGCAAUGAAUGGCAUGUGGGUGACUUCAAGCACAGGAGUGGUUGACCCAUCCUACCCGCAAUUUGUGCAGGAUCGCAGGAUUGUGGUACUAACGGGUCAGCAGUGGCUCCAAGCUUCGAGACUAAGAUUCUCGGCCGUGACAACCCCUGAACCAGCUCCUUUGGAGGGUCUGGAGCCUUGUUCGCUGCAAGCGUGAUGGAGGAGGCUGUGCUAUUGAUGGUAUCAUUCCUGUUGGAGGCCUUCUUCUUGAUCAAGCUUCUUCAUUCCAUCCAUCGGAGUGCUGGAUGUGCCUGUUGGACCAUCUUACGGCAAAUUUGCACUUGGCCACGACAUUGCUUCCGGAUGCUGCGAAAGUCCACCACCACGCGGCUGGCCCAGGAAGCUGUUGCUGACAUGCAAGUCUUGUGGUCUCAUCGCUUUCUGUUGGCUUAUAGUUUUUUGAGUCUGAGUUCGUUGCUGUCCAUCCAAUACAAUGUGCUCUUGGGACGGCACAGGUGGAUGUCUCCUGCCUUCACCUGGACCAAUGUCAUCGUGUAUGGAUGCUUGACAGUCUACGUCAUUUUCCCCUGGCUUUUAUCUCGCUCCUCAUUGAACAAAUGCUAUGUGGUGGGCAUGCUGUUUGCUUGUGCCUAUUUAUCGCCUUGGCACACCUCCUCAGAGAUUGUAGCAGACAUGGCUUUGAUCCUAUUUGUCUUCUUCCGGUUGCCUGCAGUGAUCAUGUGCACUCGCACCUCUUUGGUACUCCUUUGCAACACGGCAUUUGUGGCACUGACCGUUUACCGUGCUUACAAUGAAGAUCUCGAAGAGGAAGGGACCUUUGGAUCGGCUUACGUAGUGCUUUGGAUCGAACUCUCCACCUUCGCCAUCACGCUGGCCUUCAGCGUCGCGCUGCGAUCUCUCCUCGCUCGAAAGGUGGAGUACAAGAUGCAGCAGGCAAACGCGGAGACUCAAUUCUCGGCAGCCUCCACAUUGCUCAGCCUGAUGUGUGACGCAGUCGUUGAGCUCGAUGAAUCCUUUUGCUUGCGGAAUCACUCGAAGGCCCUUGCGGCGAUGCUUUUGAAAUCCAGCGACUUGCAGGGUCUGAGCUUCUUGGACCUCAUGCCCUCAGUGGAUGCCACGCGUGCCGACGAACACUUGCGCACCGUGGGGGAGGCUCCGCAGAGAGCGGUGGCGCACGCCUUCCACACGCGGCUGGUGGACUCAUGUUCCACCAAGCUGGAGGCUGAAGUGUUUCAGGUAAAGUACACGCAGAUGAACGGAGAGCACUGCCAUUUGGUUGGAGUGCGUGAAUUCUCCGACCAUCCACCCAAGCCGUGUGACGGAUGGGCGGAGGAUCAGGAGGAUGUGGCGGAUGUGUGUGACAGCGAGGAGGUUCUGGAGAUGGAAGAGAUGUACGAAGUGGCGGAAAAAGGACAGAAAACCAUGUUGGAAGUCGACAUGAAAGAGAUGAAGAUCCAUGCGGCAUCCGCGCCAUUGGAGGCGUGCGUGGGCUUGCCGCUUCAGGAGAUCUUUGCAAGUCCCACCAUUCAGCUCUUUUGCGGACUUCAUACUCAGGCCGUGUUGCAAUCCCGAGGCCAAGAUUUGCCAGGGAAGAUCUACUAUUUCAAGGAAAUGCCCAUGUCUUGGACUCGUGAACCGGUGGACAUCUCAGGCAGUAUGCAACUGAUGCGUUCGAUCAAUGGAUCGGUGACCAUCAUGGUCAGCUUCAGCAUGCCAAGGACAUCGCGUAUGGAUUCUCCUGUUUGGGAUCAUGUCAGUACGGCCUUAUCAUGCUCUGAUCCAGGUUCCGUCAAAAGAAAAACAUCUGCCACGAGCUUAUGAGCAGAGCAGCUUUGCGGAGCCUGUAAAACAUCCAGCCACCGGAGCCGGAUUCGGAAGCACACGAGGAACAUCGAUACCACUGGUUUCUUGUAGAAAACCAGAGGUUUUUCCCGACCCUCGUAGGGUGCAACUGCUGACCU